AGUGGAGUGUGCUGAGUUCGCAGAAAAUGGUUGAUCCUAAGCUAUAAUGCGUUCCAUCGAUUGAAGAUGCUAACAUCUCACUGGAGGAAAAGGCGCCCUCCCUUACGCUUAAGACUCGAAACGGUUCUUCUAAUGUUGCAACGCCACUCCAACAAUUUUACAUAGCGUCACGAAACUGGCGGGAACAUGCUGAUGGAUUCUAACUUUGGGCGCUCGUUUCUCUUCCUUACCGACCUCGCGUGGAAAAUACGCGUCGCACUGCCGGCCCUCAUACUGGUCGGGUCGAUGGUCUUUGACUUUCGGUGGGAGAUCGAAAUUAACAUCCACACUGAACGGAUCGCGCUGCCGGAUGGGCCGCGCCAGCAACGCGACGCUGGUGGCGAAGUGGGUGGCGUCGGAGUUGCGAUUGACCAACUUAGCAGUGAAGAUGAUGAUUACUACGAAGAUGAUGAUUACGACGAUUUUGAUGAUGAUAGUGAUGAUCUGAUGUUUGCGAUGGACGAUUUGGACGAGGAUUUGGAGGAAGACGAAGGAGAAGGAGAUGGUGAACAGAAUGAUGACGGCCACGCCAACGGAACAAUUCGAAUAACCCGGUAUGCCAUCGUAAACAUUCACAAUACCAAUAGAUAAGCGAACACUGUAAAAGUGAGAAUCUAAAUGUAAUCAUUGUCCGUAAGAUGUUUUGUUAAAGAGGCCGCAUUAGUAGUUAAAAUAGAACAUGUUUAGUGAAAAAUUAAUGGAAUCAGCAGCGGUUGUAUAGGAAAUCCUUUAAAUAUUCUUCGUAUUAUGUUGAUCAAUAAAGAACGUUCGCAGUACGAACAGGA